AAAAAUGAUGGAGGCCAAUGUGCUCUUGGGAACUUUCAGUGCAGCAGAAUUUUUUCUGGUGUCCUUCUCCAGAUCUGUGCCUCCGCACAAUCCUAUCUCUAAGCUCUACAGGCAGAGAACCAUUCAGUCAUGUCGCUGCCAUUCAGGAAAGACUUUGACAAGUAUAAGAAUAUAAAUGAGGAUGAAAUUCUGAACAAAUUAUCGGAGGAGGAAUUAAAGCAGUUGGAGAAUGUCUUGGAAGAACUGGAUCCUGAGAAUGCCCUAUUACCAGCUGGGUUCAGACAGAAAGAUCAGACCACAAAGGAAGCAUCUGGAGCAUAUGACCGAGAGCAUCUACUGGCUUAUUUACAGAAAGAAGCCAUGGAGCACCAGGACAGGGAGGACUAUGUGCCUUUUACUGGAGAAAAGAAAGGUAAGGUAUUUGUUCCCAAGCAUAUGCCCCUGGAGCAGGAGCAAGAAGAGAGGGUCACCUUGGAGCCUGAACUGGAAGAAGCUCUUGCAAGUGCCACAGAUACAGAGCUGAGUGAUCUUGCAACUGUCCUAGGAGUGCAACAUUUUUCCAGCAGACCUCAGGGAAAUAAAGAUGAAUCGGAUGGAGCAGAUCUUAGAAAUGUUGUGAAAGCUGAAAAGGUAAAACCUACAUUUGAAGAUCCCCCAAACCCAACAAAUGUGGAGGAGAGCUUACAGAGGAUAAAAGCGAAUGACCCUUUCCUUGUUGAUGUAAACUUAAACAACAUUAAGAACAUCCCAAUUCCAACUCUAAAGGAAUUAGCAAAGUCUUUGGAAUCAAAUACCCAUGUUAAGUGUUUUAGCCUUGCAGCAACACGGAGCAAUGAUCCAGUAGCAAUUGCUUUUGCAGAUAUGUUGAAAGUUAAUAAAACUUUGCGAAGUCUCAACGUUGAGACAAACUUCAUAACUGGAACUGGGAUUUUGGCCCUUGUAGAAGCCCUGAAACAAAACCGGGUCCUCACAGAGAUUAAGAUAGCUAAUCAGAGACAGCAGCUGGGGACUGCCGUGGAGAUGGAAAUUGCUCAGAUGCUUGAAGACAACCCAACAAUUCUUAAAUUUGGAUAUCAGUUUACACAGCAAGGUCCAAGGACCAGAGCAGCGCAAGCCAUUACCAAGAAUAAUGACUUAGUUCGUCAAAAAAGAAUUGAACGGGAACAUCAGUAAAGUAGGCACAGAUUCAUAUGCUGUCUUCUUUUGGAAGAAUUGGAGGCCAACCUGCAAGACUGAUAGAUGCACUAAUGUCAUGCAGUCCUGUUGGAUUUUUUUCUUUUUUUAUUAUUAUUAUUAUUAUUAUUAUUAUUAUUGCUGACUUCUAAAAGACUUAAAACAGCACUACAUAUUUUGUUAAAAAAAAAAAAAACUGCACUUGUACUUUGCAUAUGAAAACAGGUUUAAUGUGACAUACAACUCAUGAUGCUGACAUUGCCAACCCUGUGGUGCUGUCAUGUGACCUCAGUUACAUUUUAUAUGGGGCGCAUGGCACUGCAUUGCCGUCUUUCCAUAACUUCAUAAAAUGAUCCUUUUUUUUUUUUAAGUUGUAUGUUUUUUUCAUGUAGCAGUUUUGUAAAAGCAGUGACUGAAUUGUUGCUAGGCUCCUUUAAAAAGCUCGAAGCAACCAAAUUCAGGCUUGUCCUUUUCUGGCUUAUAUAUAUUCCUAUAGUAUCAUGAGCCAUAAGAGUCCUGUAAGACUAGGACAAUAACUCUUGCCAGACAAAGAUCGCCAUGUUUAACAGCCAAAAUGCUGGAUUGCAACUAAAAUUGAAUGGGGACGGACUUCUGGUCACUGCCACCUGCGACCCCAUCUACUUUCAUUAGCUGUGAUGCAGAAGUGCAAUAUGGUGACUUUUGGAUGUGAUUUCUGUUGCAGCCUUAGUGACUGUGUAGCCUUCUUGUAAUGAAACAAAUGAUACAUCCUGCUGAAUCUGAGGCUAUAAGCCAGUGUUUCCCAACCAGUGUGCUUCCAUCUGUAGCAAAACCACAGCUCCCAGCAUGCCCGGACAGCCAAAGGCUGUCCGGGCAUGCUGGGAGUUGUGGUUUUGCGACAGCUGGAGGCACACUGUUUGGGAAACACUGCUCUAAGCUCAUAUUAAAGGGGUUAUCCAGAAAAAAAACAAAAAACUUUUUUAUAUAUAUCAACUGGCUCCAGAAAGUUAAACAGAUUUGUAAAUGACUUCUAUUAAAAAAUCUUAAUCCUUUCAGUACUUAUGAGCUGCUGAAGUUGAGUUGUUCUUUUCUGUCUAAGUCCUCUCUGAUGACACGUGUCUCGGGAAACGCCCAGUUUAGAAGCAAAUCCCCAUAGCAGACCUAUUCUGCUCUGUGCAGUUCCCGAGACAAGCAGAGAUGUCAGCAGAGAGCACUGUUGCCAGACAGAAAACAACAACUCAUCUUCAGCAGCUAAUUAUUGGAAGGAUUAAUAUUUUUUAAUAGAAGUCAUUUACAAAUCUGUUUAACUUUCCAGAGCCACUUGAUAUAAAAAAAAAAAGAAAAGUUUUAUUCCUGGAAUACCCCUUUUAGGAGGUCAUGUUUACAUCUAUUUUUCCUCUAAUGUCCACAGGGUUUCAUGUCAUAAGUUUAUUUUUGUUCCAAUCACUAAGUUAAUUCAGGCUUAAAAGGGAUUUAUUUUUUCUUCACUUUAGACAUUUUUGUUAUAUCUAGGGAAUAUGUUGUAAGUGUCUAAUAUGUGGCAAGAACUUGGCUAUAUCUGUAGCUUCCAUAGUUUGUACGUGCACGACCACAUAUAAACCGUAUACAGACCACCUUGAAGGGGUACUCCCGUGAAAAACCUUUUUUUUUUUUAAAUCAACUGGUGCCAGAAAGUUAAACAGAUUUGUAAAUUACUU